CAUUCAACAUGUUUAAUAUCCAAUAAACUUUGUGUUUUUAUGAUUGUUGUUAUGAUAUUAUUAAAAUUCAAUGUCUUGGAGUUGUUUAUUGGAAGGAAAAUUGUGCAUUUUCAUGAUUAUUUUCAACUUGUUGGUGUUCCGGUUUCUUUGAGUUUUAUUUUCUUUUCUCUGUGAUGGGUUUCUCCUUAUCCUGAAUUUUCUUUAUCAUAUUCUAAAUUGAAAACAUCUGUUUAGUAGAAAAUAAAAACAAAUUCAUAUGUUUAGAGUAUAAAAAAGAAGAAAUUUGGUGUCUAUUUGUUCCAUGCGCGCUGACCUUGAAUUUUUCUGCUUUGUUUUGAUUUAUAUACAGCCUACACGAAUUCAGACUUCGCCCUCGAACCAAGUUAGAUUUAAUUCUCAGCAAGCGCAACGUGAACAUGUAGUAGUAAGAUCUAACAGGAUCAAUCCGAUCACAAUUCAGAAGCCGAGUCAUGAAGAAGUAGCCAAUGAUGCGAAUACAGAUCAAAAGACCGAGCCAUUGCAUUCCAAAGAUAACGAAGGGGAAAUACCUUUGAAAAGUUGUACACGUGAAGCUCAGAGUUUAGAUGAAGGGCCUGAGAAAAGCGCAGAAAAUCAAACUUUUUUCGAUGUUGAGGAUGAGGAUGAGGAUGUUUGUCCAAUUUGCCUUGAAGAGUAUAGCAAAGAAAACCCAAGACUAGUGACAGAGUGUAAGCAUGAUUAUCACUUUGGCUGUAUGCUUGAGUGGAUGGAUAGAAGCUGUACUUGCCCUAUUUGCAGUGCCGAGACACUUUUAGAUGCUUGCAAAAUCUGCAGUGAAUAAGGAAGUUGCCAUCAGCUAGCAGAAGAGAAAAAUGAUUGCUGAAGAUGAUCAGCCUUCACAGAAAAUGGACGAGAUAUUGAUGUUUUGCGUGUGAUAUUUUGCAUUCCUUCUCUUCGAAGAUAGUAUCUGAUGCAUGCAAAUGUGAAGGAAUUUUUUUCCCCUUUGUCUUUGUAUUUCUCCCCUUAUAAAUGUGUGAAUGGUUUUCCUCUUUUUUCCCCCCUUCA